AUGGCACACGAAAACGGGAUAAACGGCGGUGACACUGACUCGGAGACCGUGGAAUUGAAUCCUCUGAGGAGGACCAGAUUCCAUGUGAAUCGGGUCGACAGUCUCGAGGGUCGUGCCAGUCUCCUGGGCGAACAGGAGACUAAAAAGUCCCUCAGGCACAUGACCAGGGAGGCCUUGCCAAGGCUGGACAAUUACAGGAACAUCAUGAGCAUCCAGGCAGCCCACAGACCCUCAUUGGACGAGUUGCACAAUCCCACUCUCCUUAAUAAGGGCCCAGGUUCGCACACGUUAACCGUCCCGCAAUUGAAAUCUACGACUCCCGGAGUGAAAUUCGGAUGGAUCCAAGGAGUAUUGAUGCGAUGUCUCCUCAAUAUCUGGGGAGUGAUGCUCUUCCUGCGGCUUUCUUGGGUCGUAGCACAAACCGGAGUGGGUCAAGCCAUCCUUUUGAUUAUCACGACGACAAUAGUCACGACGAUCACGUCAUUGUCGAUGUCGGCGAUCAGUACGAAUGGUCUUAUCAAAGGAGGCGGGACCUAUUACAUGAUCUCCAGAUCACUAGGACCGGAAUUCGGUGGUUCCAUAGGCCUUAUAUUUUCCUUGGCAAACGCCGUCGCCUGUUCCAUGUACGUGGUCGGCUUUUGCGAAAGCCUGGUGAACUGUCUCAAGUCCUACGGGCUUUGCAUAGUCGAUUGUCAGACCACGGACAUCAGGAUCAUAGGCUGCAUUACGAUAGUCGUACUUCUGCUGAUCGUGAUAAUCGGAUUGGAAUGGGAGGCGAAGGCCCAAAUAGGCUUGCUGAUAAUUCUCCUCGUGGCUAUUGGCGAUUUUAUGAUCGGCACUUUCAUUGGUCCCAAGGGCGAUCAGGAGAAGGCUGAAGGAUUUAUUGGAUAUAACGGCGAGCUGUUCAAGGAGAAUUUUUAUCCGAACUAUAGGUACAGCGAGGGCGUGGAGCACAAUUUCUUUUCAGUUUUGGCCAUCUUCUUUCCAGCGGCGACAGGUAUCCUGGCAGGUGCGAAUAUAUCCGGUGACUUGAAGGAUCCGCAAAUAGCAAUACCGAAAGGCACGUUAUUGGCGAUUCUGUUGACAUCACUGUCAUAUUUGAUGAUGGCAUUCAUGGUCGGUGGAACCGUUAUGCGAGACGCAUCCGGCGACGUUAAUGAUUUGUGGACAACGUACAAUAACUCUCUUUCGGUUCUGUCAAUGCUGGCCGCAAACAACGACACCGCGCUCCAAAACAGUACAGUUAUCGUAGACAAUGACAAUCAGACAUCUUGGAGUAUAUAUGGAACGGCGUUUAAUUGCACUACGAAAUGCAAGUACGGCAGCCACAACAGCUUCGAGGUAAUUCAAUUGGUUUCCGGCUUUGGUCCCUUCAUCUACGCUGGUUGCUUCGCCGCAACGCUCUCAAGUGCCUUAGCGUCGUUAGUUUCGGCGCCGAAAGUAUUCCAAGCGCUCUGCCUCGACAAGCUGUAUCCAGGAAUCGCGUGGUUUAGCGGGGAGAAGGAUAAGGAGCCGAUUCGUGGGUACUUUCUCACUUUCGUCAUUGCCGUCGCUUUCAUCUUGAUCGGCGAAUUGAACGCGAUUGCGCCGCUCAUCUCAAAUUUCUUCUUGGCUGCUUACACUCUCAUCAACUUCAGUACCUUCCAUGCUUCCCUGGCUAAGCCGAUCGGAUGGCGGCCGACUUUUAAGUAUUACAACAUGUGGCUCAGUCUUGCUGGUGCAAUCCUUUGCGUUUCUGUGAUGUUCUUGAUCUCAUGGUGGACGGCUCUGAUAACAUUAUGUGUCGUUCUAGCACUGUAUUUGGUAGUCUCGUAUAGGAAACCUGAUGUAAAUUGGGGAUCGACUACGCAAGCCCAGACCUACAAUAACGCGCUAACCGCUGUGCAGCAGUUGGAUCGCGUGGAGGAGCACGUGAAAAAUUACAGGCCGCAACUCCUGGUUCUCACCGGUGCACCGAAUGUGCGAUCUUCACUGGUCGAUUUUGCUCAUCACGUCACCAAACAUCAGAGUUUAUUUAUUUGCGGUCAUAUCAUCGAGACACCCAUAUCGUACAAAACGCGCAACGGCAUGGUGCAGAACUGCACUUCCUGGCUCAGGGCGAACAAGAUGAAGGCGUUUUACUCUCUGGUGGACGGCGCGAGCUUCCAGGACGGUGCCACGUCCCUCCUGCAGGCUGCCGGGCUCGGAAAGAUGAGACCUAAUAUCUUGCUGAUGGGCUACAAGCAGGAUUGGGCUACCUGCCCCCGGGAGAAUCUAAAUAUGUACUUCAAUGUGAUGCACAAAGCUCUGGACAUGCACAUAGCGGUGGCGCUUCUUCGUCUGCAGGAAGGUCUGGAUUGCAACACAAUCGCUGGAGACGUCGAGGAUCAGAAGAGGCUGGCGCCUACAUCGAUACCAGGCAAUCAGAGCUUCUCGCAGCUUAGUCAAGCUAGUAGCACAUCUGACAUAUCGAUACCGGGCAGUCCCGCGCCAAGGCGCUCGAAAACCAUCAACGAAUAUCCAAAUCCGUCCUCCGAAGAGCAGCGCGAGACUCGGCCGAACAUAGUGCCGAUCACGAACAUACUUAAUGUAGUGACGAAGUUUCAACGGAAGCACAAGAAGGGCACCAUCGACGUGUGGUGGUUAUACGACGACGGUGGUUUGACGCUCCUGUUGCCCUACAUCAUCAGCACGCGGCGCAACUGGUCUAACAGCAAGUUGCGAGUGUUCGCGCUUGCCAACAAGUAUUCCGAAUUGGAAUACGAGCAAAGAAAUAUGGCAAGUCUCCUGUCGAAAUUCCGGAUAGACUAUUCUGCCUUGAAGGUGAUACCGGACAUCUCGAAGCCGGCGCAAGCCAGCACGAAGACGUUCUUCGACUCGCUAAUUGCCGGCUUCCAGGAAUCCGCAGACUCGAAAAAUACGGACGACGACAUUAUUAACGAUUCGGAACUCAUGGCGAUGAAAGAGAAGACGAAUCGACACCUCCGACUACGCGAGUUGUUGCUCGAGAAUUCCAUGGAAGCCAACUUGGUCGUUAUGACGCUACCGAUGCCUCGGAAGGGUGCCGUGUCUGCGCCUCUCUACAUGGCGUGGCUGGAAACUCUUACGCGCGAUAUGCCGCCGUUCCUGCUAGUCCGGGGUAACCACACGUCGGUCUUAACAUUUUAUUCGUAA